AAUAGUUGAAAAUUUUGUAUUAAAAGCUAUUGAUUAGAUUCCUUGGAAAAUAAAAAUUUUAAUGUGUUACAUAAAGACCCGAAACGUCAGAAUUUUAAUGAGUAAAAAUUUAAACUUGUUAUACAUAUAGUGAGAAAAGAUUUUCCUUCGUAAUUUUUCGGAAAAGUUCGUAUUUAUCGUGCUGUCUCAAAUAGCUUCAAUACCCAUCUUUGAGCCGUAGGGAUUACUUAUAAAAAGGUUCUAUAGCCAUGCCGAAACCUCGAAAACUGUUAAAAAAUCCAGCCCAUGAAAUUAUAUUUUACAUUUACCUAUACUUCAUAACGGAAAACAGCAAAUUCAAAAAUAGCAAGAACUCAGAGUAUUUUGGCAAAGUUCUACAGCGAAUUUCGGACGCAACCGGCAUAUCUAUCUACAAACAAUAAGAAUUUUUUUGAACCAGGAAGAAGAAUACACAAUAAAAAUACCAACACACAAAAUUAAGCUGGGUAGACCACGCAAGAAGUUCUAUCUAGAUCUUGAUGAUUUUGAUUAUGCAGUGAUACGAUGGUUUACAACUUUCAUCUCAUUUAUAGACAAGUUCCUACAAUAAAGGCACUAAAGUUCAAAUUAAUAGAAACGAUGAGUUUCAAAGGAUGUGAUUUUACACUAAGAAGAAUAUUUCGCCAAAUGGGUUUACUAAUAAUAGGAAAAUACUGAAGAAAGAGAUGACGUUAAACUUAAAAAAGUAACGUACCUUGACUUAAUAGGGAAGUACAGAUCUGAAGGCAGAGAUAUUGUGUAUACUGACGAAACUUAUGUUCACACAUCCCUUUUAACAGGAAAGUGCUGUAGUAUUAUAGUACAUGCAGGUAGUGCCAAAGGAUUUGUACCGGGUGUUCUACAUAUGUACAAGUCUACUGAUGUGAAAACCGGUGAUUACCACGAUGCCAUGAAUAAUGUUAAUUACGAAAAAUGGUUACGGAAUCAACUUAUUCCCAACCUGUCUUCAAAUUCUGUUUUAGUAGUAGACAAUGAUGCUUAUCACAAUAAAGAUGUGGAACAUCCGCCCAACUGUAGUACCGCAAAGCCGUUUAUGAUAAACUGGUUACAAAAAUGCAAUAUUUCCCAUAAUUCACUAUUAACCAAAAUACAAGUAUACGAAAUUAUUUUUCGACGUAUAGAAGACUGUAGAAUAUUUCAUUUAAAAAAUUGUCACCAACAUUGACACGAAGUUUUAAGGUUACCACCAUACCACCCCGACUUCAACCCUAUUGAAAACAUAAUAAUAUGGUCAUAGAUAAAAGGUUACGUAUCAAAAAGGAACAUAGACAUGAAUACGAGUACAGUAAAAAAAAUAUUGAAGAAAAAAUGAAUAUCAUUGGCCCGAAUGAAUGGAAGAAAGUUUGCGAUCAUGCUAUCAAAUGUAAAAAUAAAUAUUACUCAUAGGAACACUCGAUGGAUGAUCACAUUGAUAGGAUUGUUGACGUCAAUGAAAGCACCGACGAAUCUGACGAUGAUAUGUCUGACUGUUAAUCAAAUUGUGAAAUGGAAAAUAUUGAAAACAUCAAUCUAAAUAUGCAGUAGGCUAAAUUUUAAUUUUAAUAAAAUUUUAAGCCUUGUAUGUCGAUUGCAUUCCUCUCACACGCAGGUUAUUUACUUAGAUACGAGAGGGACGCCAAUGACAAAAUUUAGGCAGCCUCCUCUCCCUGCCACUCCUUGGACUAAUGAAAAAGACUGCACCCAAGAUCCGCCAAUGGCUUUGACUUGGUCAUUUAAGUAUGAACAUAUAAUUGGCUCUGAAGACUGUCUAUAUAUUGAAGUUUCAACCCCAACUCUUAAGCCGAAGAAACUUAUGCCCGUAAUGUUUUGGAUUGGAAGUUAUGGUUUUUCAUUUAAUAUGGAUUACUUAUAUGACACUUCCCUAAUUAAUAAUCAAGAUGUUGUAUUUGUAACAUGUGGCUUUAGGCUUGGAGCAUUUGGAUUUCUUUCUAUCAAUGAUUUUACAGCUCCAGGGAAUUGUGGACUAAAAGAUGUGGUCCUAGCAUUAAAAUGGGUUCAAAGAAACGUUGAUACAUUUGGAGGAGACCCAAACAAUGUAACAAUAUUUGGUAAUAGUUCUGGAGGUGUCAUGGUACAUUUUAUGAUGUUUUCACCAAUGGCAACUGGCUUAUUUCACAAAGCAAUAAUUCAAAGUGCUUGUGUUUUGAAUAAUUGGUCUUUGGCUAAUCAACCUACACAGCCUGUUAAGGAAUUAGCAAAAUUACUAGGCAUAAACAAAACAUGCUAUAUUGAAAUAAUUGAUGAAUUAAGACUAAAACCAGCCAAUGAAAUUGUUAUAGCCUGUAGAAAAAUGGACGUUGAAUUCUGUAUCGUUCAAGAUAAUAAUAUCAUGGAUGCAGUCUUCAAACCAUGUAUUGAAGUUGAAUUUGAGGGUCAACCUGCAUUUCUUUCUAAAAGGCCCAUUUUUCUAAUAAAAUCAGGUAAUUACAAUAAAGUACCUAUAAUUAUAGGUAGUAACAAUAUAGAAGGAGCUGUGAUACAAUUUGUAAAAGAUGAUUUCUAUGAUUUUGAGAAGUACAACAAAAAUGUCUCUCUGCUUGUACCUAAGUCACUUGCUGGAGAAGAUCCACAGUCAAAAAAUAUUGGUAAUAAGUUACUAAAGUUUUAUCUGGGUGGUGAUGAGCUGUUACGUGAAGACACAAGAGCCCAAUAUUUGCAACUAAUAAGUGACUACUAUUUUCUGUAUCACGUCAAUAAAACUGUAAGACUACACAGUCAAUACUCGCAUGAAUACCCAAUAUAUUACUAUUUACUUACUUAUGCUGGAGAAUGGUGUGUUCCGGAAAGUUUGAAUUUUUUCAAUUCACUUGGACAUUGUGCUGAAAUACCAUUUGUAUUUGGGAUUAAAGUACCAGGAAAGCUCAAUGAAGCAGUGUGCAAAGGAAGUCGUGAUUCUAUUAAAACAAGAAGUAGAGUCGUAAAAAUGUGGACAAAUUUUGCAAAAUAUGGAAAUCCUACACCAGCAAGCGAUGAUCCAUUACUUCAAAUAACUUGGGACCCUGUUCAGAGCAGUGAAAAAUUAAACUAUUUGAGUAUUGGGUCAGAAUUAACAAAAGGAAGAAACCCGUUUCUAGAGAGAAUGCAAUUUUGGGACCAAUUAUACGAAAAUCAUACAUUCCUUAGAGCUCAAGUUUAUUUUAACGAUUUGGGUGUGUCAUGGUAACUACAACAAACUUUAGGUAUAAUAGCCGGCAAACUUCUUGAGCAUUUGUUGACGUAAUGGGGGUAAGUUUGCGCAUGGUACACUCACGUGCAAAAACAUUAUUUACUCUGCGUCA